AUGUCCCAAGACCAGUCCGUCAAAGUCUCCCCCUUUCCCAAGUUCCUCAUUCCGUCUUCCCCCUUCCGCUCCAACCAGAGAAGCUGGUUUUCUCGCCCGAAGCCUCCGAAGUCCACCCCGGACCCCAAGUACCUGGAUGGCCAUGUCUCGUACCUUCGCUGCUCGAACUGUGCAGCACAUCUCUGCCUGACCUCUCAGAUUAUCAGUAAGGGCUUUACGGGUCGCCACGGUCGCGCGUACCUGGUGUCAGCAGAGCCCGUGGCUAGCGCGGUAUCUAUCAGCGCAUCAUCGUCCCCGACCGCGUCGCUUCCCAACACCGUGCUCCAGCGCCCAGUGCCGCGCCAGCUCGUCACGGGCGCUCAUACAGUGAGCGAUGUCAGCUGUACAUUCUGCGGGGGCGUGCUGGGCUGGAAGUAUGUGGCCGCAGAGGAGGAAUCUCAACGGUACAAGGUCGGCAAGUUCAUUCUAGAAACCAAGAAGAUCACCGCGUCCUCCUGCUGGGAGUCACCGCCAAACGCCAACGUUCCUGCAGAGGUGCUGGAAGAGUCCGAAUCCGGUUCGGCGGCCGGCAUGGAGUUUGACAGCCAAGACGAGGAUGAGUGCGAGGACUUGUUCGCCGGCAUCUGGACUCCGGGUUUGGCCAACCGCCGACGAAGCCGCAAGAUUGAGCGGCCGGGGAUGUUUGGAAUGUCAUGA